GCAGCAGAGAUCUCCUGUCUGGGCUGGCUUUCAUUCUCUUCUUCGCUGCUGUUUUCUUUCUAGAGCUUUCGGAACGGUCUAUGUAGCGACCGACGCUGCCACAGGAGGAGAGGUGGCCAUAAAGCAAGUGUAUCUCCAAAAACAGCUCAAAAAGGAACAAAUUGUCGAUGAGCUCAUUGUCAUGAGGGACAAUAAGCAUCCAAAUAUUGUUAACUAUUUAGACAGCUACCUGGUUGGAGAUAGACUUAUGAUUGUGAUGGAGUACCUAGACGGAGGCUCCUUAAGAUCUGUGGUUAAGGAAGUAAGCAUGAGUGAAGGACUGAUGGCAGCUGUCUCCCGGGAGUGCCUGCAAGCGCUGGCGUUCCUCCAUUGCCGCCAAGUGAUCCACAGGGAUCUCAAAGGCGAGAACAUUCUUCUUGGAAUGGAUGGAUCUGUCAAGUUGGCUGAUUUUGGUCUCGCUGCUCGCAUCACACCUGAGCAGAGCAAACGAAGCUCACUCGUUGGAACGGCACAUUGGAUGGCGCCCGAAUAUCUAAGUAAAGACGAAUACGGAGCCAAAGUGGAUAUUUGGGCACUGGGCAUCACGGUGAUAGAAAUGCUGGAAGGACAACCUCCUUAUUUUUGGGAGCCUCCUCACAGGGCCAUGGAGCUCAUCUUUUUCGAUGGGAUACCGGAGCUGCAAAACCACGAGAAACUGUCCCCUGCACUGCAGGACUUUCUGAACUGCUGCCUGCAGGCAGACGAGGACAGUCGAUGGUCUGCUGAGGAACUUCUGCAGCAUCCAUUUUUACUCUCAGCCACGCCCCUCUCCGGCCUGACGACCCUGAUCAAUGCAGCGGAGCAGCUGAGGGAGGCCAGCAGACAGGGUUUUGGGAUGCCUUCCUCCAGUUCCAGCGAUGGCUGA